AUGGCAUCAAGAAAACUGCGUGACCAGAUUGUAAUUGCCACUAAAUUUACCACGGAUUAUAAGGGGUAUGAUGUAGGCAAGGGGAAGAGUGCCAAUUUCUGUGGGAAUCACAAGCGCAGUUUGCAUGUAAGUGUGAGAGAUUCCCUUCGUAAGUUGCAAACUGAUUGGAUUGAUAUUCUUUACGUUCACUGGUGGGAUUAUAUGAGCUCCAUUGAGGAAGUUAUGGAUAGUUUGCACAUUCUUGUGCAGCAGGGCAAAGUACUCUAUCUAGGUGUGUCUGAUACUCCUGCCUGGGUUGUUUCUGCAGCAAAUUACUACGCCACAUCUCAUGGUAAAACUCCCUUUAGUAUCUAUCAAGGUAAAUGGAAUGUAUUGAACAGGGACUUUGAACGUGAUAUCAUUCCAAUGGCUAGGCAUUUUGGUAUGGCUCUUGCUCCAUGGGAUGUUAUGGGAGGCGGGAGAUUUCAGAGUAAAAAGGCAGUGGAAGAGCGGAAGAAGAAAGGAGAAGGCUUGCGUACCUUUUUUGGUACUUCGGAACAGACGGAUAUGGAGGUUAAAAUCAGCGAAGCAUUGUUAAAAGUUGCGGAAGAACAUGGCACUGAGUCUGUCACUGCUAUUGCCAUAGCUUAUGUUCGGUCUAAAGCGAAACAUGUUUUCCCAUUAGUGGGAGGAAGAAAGAUCGAACAUCUCAAACAGAACAUUGAGGCUUUGAGCAUUAAAUUAACACCAGAACAAAUAAAGUACUUAGAAAGUAUUGUUCCUUUUGAUGUCGGAUUUCCCACUAAUUUUAUUGGAGAUGACCCAGCUGUUACCAAGAAACCUUCAUUUCUCACCGAAAUGUCUGCCAAGAUUAGCUUCGAAGAUUAG